AUAAAUCAGAAAAAAAAAACAUUAAAUAAAGAGUUGGUCAAAGCUCGUCGAGUCGUCGUCGUCAUUAUAAGAUUUAGAAUCUUGGACUUGGAGGAGACAAGGAGAAGAAUCUUGAAGGAGACAAAGAUGGCUAAACUCUUCUCUAAGACUUUAACGAGGUUGAUCUCUCACAGUCACAGGUCUUCUUCAUUUUCUACGACUAGCAAUCUCUCUGCUGCUCCACAAACUCCCAACCUUGAGAGCAAAUGGAUUGUUUCGGUUAAACCACCUGCAAAGAGGAGAGUAGGGUCAGUGUGGUUAUGGUACUUGGCUGCAUCCAUUACCUACGGUAUCGGGGAGGCGUAUAAGUCCCAACAAACAGAAGUGGCCAAGAAACUUGUCGAUGUCAGACUAAAAUGCUUGGAAGCGAAACCAAGGAAGCUGAAUACAGUGAUGAAUGUGGACGAGUUAGGAUUUCAACGGGUUGUAUGCAAAGGCGUUUUUGAUGUGAAAAGAUCGAUCUAUGUUGGUCCAAAGCCUAGAUCCAAGUCGUCUAAAGAUUCAGAAAAUGGGUUCUAUGUUAUUACACCUCUUUUGCCAAUCCCAAAUGAACCAAAUAGUGUGAAGUCCCCUGUUCUAGUAAACCGCGGAUGGGUUCCUUCCGAUUGGAAAGAAAAUUCUCUAGAAACUCUAGGUACUGGGAUAGUUGUUUCUGCUGCAAGUGAGUCUAGAAAAGCUAAUAAACAAAGCCUCUUGUCGAACUUCUGGUAUACGUUUAACAACCCAAUGGUUGCUGAGGACCAUGUCUCUAGGGCUAUGCAUGUGGAAGUGGUUGGUGUGAUUAGGAAAAAUGAAACUCCAAGCGUAUAUACUCUAGUAAAUUAUCCAAGGUCGCUUGCGUGGUUCUACCUUGACGUUCCUAAACUGGCUCCAGCCAUGGGAUUUGGUGAGGACACAAUGUAUAUAGAGAAUACAUACAAAGUUAUGGAUGAAAGUAAACCUUAUCCAGCUUCGAGAGACGUUCAGAACUUGAUUCUUAGUAAAGAUUUACCACUGGGCUAUUACUACCACACAUUGUUAUGUUUCUGGAGCUCCAUGUUUUGCUUUGGCAAGGCCAAAUCGAUUAUGGUCGAAAAAUAUACAAAAUAUAGUCUUAACCCAAUACUGAUUCCAAUAUUUGUUCUCUUCUAUAUAUCUACCAAAAUAUAUAGUCUACGUAGCUUAUUUAGUAAAAUAGACACAGUUGGUGUUGGGUGUGUCACUAAACUCGACUCAGGAAAAGCCAACGAAUACAUCUGCCAUAACCAAAUAACCAAGACUAAGCCAGAGAAAAAUAAAAAUAAAUACCGAAGUCAAAGGAAAACCCAUAAAUGAAGGAGCAAUCAGUUGGAGUCUUUGGAGAUGCCGUUUAGAUUGACCAACCGAUGUGAUCAUGUGACAGUCAUUAGUCAUUACUCAUUACCCUUAAUUCUCUCAUUUUUUAUGCAAUUUGGUUUACUUGCAUUUCCUGGUUUAGUGUCGAAUUAUUGUUAACCGAUCGAAUUAUAUGUUUUUUUGA